AUGGCUCUGUAUCGCCGGCCUUCGACGGUGCUCACCACUGAGGAGGAGAAACUCAUCUUCGCCCCAGCAGGCCACCACCCCCACGGCCAAGCCCCCCAGUUCACCCUCUCCCAGCUCCACGCCCAGGACCUCGACCCGACCUCCCCCAUCCCCCAGUUCAACGCCUGGUUCUCCCUCGCCCAGCGCACCCCGUCCAUCUCCCAGCCCGAGGCGUGCACCCUCUCCACCGCCCACCUGCCCUCGGGCCGCGUCUCCUCCCGCAUCGUCUACCUCAAGGAGCUCGACCAGCACGGCUUCGUCAUGUACACCAACCUCGGCACCUCCCGGAAGGCGCGCGACCUGCAGACCAACCCGCACGCCAGCCUCGUCUUCUACUGGCCCCCCCUGCAGCGCCAGGUCCGCGUCGAGGGCAUCACCGAGACGAAUUCCCGGGAGGAGAGCCAGACCUACUUUGACACUCGGGUCAGGGGCAGCCGGAUCGGCGCCUGGGCGAGCCGUCAGUCCGCCGUGUUGCAGCCCCAGCCCUCGGCGAAGCAGUCUUCGUCCGAGGCGCUGGUCGACGGCGCCGACGCUGCUGACCCAGAGCACGACGCUGCCAACCCCGAGUACGAGGACGACGGCAGAGCCCAGCUGGAAGGCUGGGUCAAAGAAGUCGAAGAGCGCUUCAAGGGCCAGGACAAGAUCCCCGUGCCCGACUUCUGGGGCGGCCUGCGUCUGGUCCCCCAGCGCGUCGAGUUCUGGCAGGGCAGGGAGAGCAGGCUGCACGAUCGCUUCGUGUACGAGUGGGAGGAGGGCGAGGGUGGAAAGCAAGGCAAGUGGCGUCUCGAGAGACUGAGUCCUUGA